UUCGAAGAUACCACUGUAACGGUCGCUUUCGAUGAUGACACGGCCAUGCUAAAAGACUUUCUCAACCGUGCAGCCGCCAGCAAAGCCGAAAAGGCUGCCAUCACCACACACCGAAGGGAGUCGUUGCAGAAUCGUCGUGAUUCGGAUGUCGUUCGCCAUGCUCUAGCCUCUCCCAGAAAGGCCCUUGAAGAGAAGGAUCCCAACUCGCCAGCCAAACACAACAUCGAUUUGACGCUUGAUUUUUCGCAAACACCCACACUGAGCGCACCUAGCGAGGCGCUGCCAUCACCUACACCAGCCGCAACAGGGCCAGAAGAUGCAGACGAAACGAACGAAAAGACUACGAGGCGCUCAUCGAGAGCCAAGAAGUCGCGUCUACCUGCGCCAGCGUCAACCGGACCGGCACCAGCGCCCAAGAUUGCCAUCCGCCGCAAUGACGGAAACGAAGUGGUUGUCCUGAAGAAGGACGAUGCAAAGGUCCUGGCAGACUUGACCCGCGCAAACACACGCAAGAAUAAGCAAGGCGCAUUCUGUGUUACUGUUCGUUUGAUGAAGGCUCAAAUGGAUGCAAUGACCCUACCACCAAUUAACGAGACUCCUAAAGAAAUUGUCAUCGGCAAGAACGUACGUUGGGACGAGCAGCUAGCAUACUAUCAAGAGAAUCCGGAUACUAUCGCCAAUGCCCUAGCCGAGGCAGAAUCGCUAGCUACCCCAGACGAGCUAAGCUUCUCAGACACUGGGUCUGAGCCAAAGAAGAAAAAGAAGGAAAAGACGAGCAAGACUUCUACACCAAAGAUCCGGAGAGUCAGGGGCCUAGGCACUGCCAACGGCACUCCAGCAAAGGGUUUGACCGCUCCAUCGUCUCUCCUUCCGGAAUCAGUACUAGAAGAAAAGGAAACAAGCCAAGACAAACCAACACAGCAAAAACACCCGCAAAUACCCAAGCCAAAAGUGGCCAAGGCAAAGAAGAUGCCCGUCGCACCCACCUCCAUCGACAGCAGCGUUUCCUCAAGCGUAUCCGAAACCAAACUACCAUCUCUAGACGUAGCACCUGUUGGUGUACCAUCCUCGUCUCUCCCCACACAGCGCAAAAGCCGCCUUGCUGCACCCAAAAAAGUCAUCCUACCACAAUUGACCGGCUCUGUUGAGAAAGAAAACUCCAUCCGCGCCGCAGGCUUAACAGAUGCUACGCCGAAGAAGGGCAUCCCAGCACCGAAAGUCAUGGUUGGUCACUCUGGUAUUGCGACACCUACAUCUACGGGUAUGGAAUCGGGCUUACCGCGUCGACGGGGGAAAAAGCAUUAGGGUUACAUGUCCUUGUUCACACUUGACGACUUCUUUUCUCUGUGCAUAUAUACGUUUUGUGGGUGUUUUUGUUAGGGCUUUUUAAGAAGAGCAUCGUAUUUGUUGCCAUUUGUAUAUCGUUCUAUACCACUUCUUCAUCUUUUCAUGGUUUGGGUAGAUUCUCAGGGCGGGUUUAAUCGCCUGGCGUUUGAUGGGGUUGACUCUUGGGAAUAGGGAGGGAGAGUCAUGUAGAGGAGUUCCUUGGUCUGUCUUGUUUAUAUGGGGUUGUUUGCAUAGGCGUGCACAUUAAUGAAUUAUGGUAUAUUCUUC